UCCAUACUUUGUUUUUGGUUGCAGAGUACGAGGACUUUACUUUCCUCCUAAUCUCUCUCCUAUAAGCUUUGCUGCAUUGUCUUGUUCUACUACACUUCAGAAUCUCUUCUCACUUCCACGCAUUAAAGUGUUUCUAUCUCUCUCUCUCUCUCUCUUGUGAUUUGGUGGCGCUUGCUUUCAUAUUUAUGGGAGUUUGUUUCUUUGUUCUUACACUUUUUAUUGGCAAGAGCAAAUAGCAUCAGAAGAGGAAACCAAGGAGAACAUAUAAGGCAUUUUGCAGUUUGCUGUCUUUUGUUGAGCUUCUUGUGUUGGUUUGUGUUCCUUCCUCCCUCUGUGGUGGAGAGCUCUGGAAUUUGGAAACUGCAAAGCAUAUCGACUUGGUCUUGUUUCUUAGCUUUGAAAGAUAGUUAGUGAAGGUGGAGAGAUUGGACAAGGGGUUUGCAAAGCAAUGCUAUUUUGCUUUUGAAUUUCUGAGAAUUUUUGAAAAGCAACAUCAGAGAGAGUGUUUGUGGUGUUGUAUGAAGUAGAAGUGCAAAAAUGAGGGAUGAGAAUUCCAAGAAAAGCAAGCUCUCAUGGUCAAAGAAAAUGGUCAGGAAGUUCUUUAAUAUCAAAAGCAAAAGUGAAGAUUCCCAAGCAGAUGGUGUUCCUUGUGGAGGAAGUGAUGUGGAUUACAGAAGCAGGAGUAGCUGCUCUGAGAGAGAGCCACGCACGAUCAAGAAGAGCAAAACAGAGAAAUUUAGCAGGAGUGCUGAUCAGGUCAGGCGAGGAAGAAUGAAUCUUGACCAUCCUCGAAUUAUAGAUGUGCAGAACUAUAGCAUUUUUGUAGGUUCAUGGAAUGUAGCUGGAAGAUCCCCACCAAGUAAUUUGAGUUUAGAUGAUUGGCUUCAUUCGUCACCACCGGCUGAUAUUUACGUUCUUGGAUUUCAAGAGAUAGUUCCCUUGAAUGCUGGUAAUAUCUUAGGGGCAGAGGACAAUGGUCCAGCCAAAAAAUGGUUGUCUCUCAUCAGAAAGACUUUAAACAAUCUUCCCGGCACCAGUGGAAGCAGUGCAUGUUAUACACCCUCUCCCAUUCCUCAGCCAGUUGCAGAGCUAAAUGCAGAUUUUGAGGGAUCAGCAAGGCAGAAGAAUUCUUCUUUCUUCCACCGACGGUCAUUCCAGACAACUUCUAGUGGAUGGGGAAUGGACAAUGAUCCUUCAGUUAUGCAACCACGACUAGAUCGAAGAUACAGUGUCUGUGAUCGUGUAAUUUCCGGUCACAGGCCAAGUGACUUCGAUCCCAGUCUUAGAUGGGGUUAUAGGUCAAGUGACUAUUCCAGGGCAAGUGACUACUCAAGGCCAAGUGACUACUCAAGGCCAAGUGACUAUUCAAGAUGGGGUUCAUCUGAUGAUGAUAACGGCCUUGGAGAUUCACCGAGUACUGUCUUAUAUUCACCAAUGUCUUAUGGUGGACCUGCUGCCUCUAAUGAAGAUGGAUAUGGCAUGCCAGGAAAUUCAAGGUACUGCCUUGUUGCAAGUAAGCAAAUGGUGGGAAUAUAUCUUACCAUAUGGGUGAGAAGUGAGUUGAAAGAUCAUGUUCAAAACAUGAAAGUAUCAUGUGUUGGUAGAGGAUUGAUGGGCUAUCUUGGAAACAAGGGAUCCAUCUCAAUUAGUAUGUCUGUCCACGAAACAAGCUUUUGCUUUAUCUGUAGUCAUUUAACCUCAGGACAGAAGGAGGGAGAUGAACUAAGAAGAAACUCUGAUGUGAUGGAGAUUCUUAAGAAGACAAGGUUUCCUCGUGUUCAUGGUGUGGACAACGAGAAGUCUCCUCAGACAAUCCUUGAGCAUGAUCGAAUUAUAUGGCUUGGAGAUUUGAAUUAUCGGAUUGCUCUUUCCUACCGUUCUGCUAAGGCACUUGUUGAGAUGCAAAACUGGAGAGCAUUGUUAGAGAAUGAUCAAUUGAGAAUAGAGCAGAAAAGAGGUCGUGCGUUUGUGGGAUGGAAGGAAGGGAAGAUAUAUUUUCCUCCAACAUACAAGUACUCAACUAAUUCAGAUAGAUAUGCAGGAGAUGAUAUGCACCCCAAGGAGAAAAGGAGAACACCUGCUUGGUGUGACCGUAUUUUGUGGUACGGAGAAGGUCUCCAUCAGUUAUCUUAUGUCCGUGGGGAGUCAAGGUUUUCAGAUCACAGACCAGUUUAUGGCAGAUUUGGGGCUGAGGUUGUGUCAACUCAUGGCAAAAUGAAGAAAAGCAUGAGUUGUUCUCGUUCCAGAAUUGAGGUGGAGGAACUUCUGCCAUAUUCUGGUGGAUACACUGAGCUAACCUUUUUCUAAAGGAAGGAUGGCAAGAUGUGAGACACUUCCAUCCAAAUCCAAUAAUUGGUCCCCCAUUAUCAAGAGGGAGUUACUUUGAAGAAAUUCAUUCAUGGAGGGAGGGAGAUAGAGACAACCCAUUUCCCACAUACCGAAAAAGGAAGUUGAAGAAAACGAUUCUUUUAUUCAAGAUUUUUUUAUAGUUUUAGGAGAACAUCUGAUGGCUGAUUACAUGAAGGUUGAAGAUCGUCAGAAAAAUCAUUUAGAGGACUAACUUUUUUUAAUGCAAAGUGAAUGAGAGUUUUGAUGUAUAGUGAUUUGAUUGCAACAGUAUAUGAGAAAAAAUAGGAACAAGAAAAAACAAAAGAAAUUGAAGUUGAUGAUAGAAUUUCAGAACCUCUCUUGCUCAA